AUGCCCCAGAACGAGUACAUGGAGAGAUGGCGAAAGCUUCAUGGUCGCCGCCUAGACCACGAAGAGAGAGCUCGUAAGAAGGAGGCGCGUGAGGGUCACAAGGCAUCCAAGGAUGCGCAGAACCUGCGCGGCCUCCGGGCCAAGCUCCACGCGAAGAAGCGUCACAACGAGAAGAUCCAGAUGCGCAAGCAGAUUAAGGCCCAUGAGGAGCGUAACAUCAAGACGAACGAUGAGAAGGAGCCUAGCGAGCCCAUGCCCGCCUACCUGCUCGACAGAAGCAAUCCGAACAACGCCAAAGCAAUCUCAUCUCAGAUCAAGAACAAGCGCGCUGAGAAGGCGGCGAGAUUUAACGUUGCAAUUCCCAAAGUGAAAGGUAUAUCCGAGGAAGAGAUGUUCAAAGUCAUCUCCACCGGCAAGAAGACACACAAGAAGUCGUGGAAGCGCAUGAUCACCAAGCCCACUUUCGUCGGGCCCAACUUCACGAGAAGAGAUCCGAAACACGAGCGCUUUAUUCGCCCAAUGGGACUGAGGUACAAGCAUGCCCAUGUUACUCAUCCUGAGCUCGGCGUUACUGUGAAGCUGCCCAUUCUCGGCGUAAAGAAAAACCCGCAGAACCCGCUGUAUACCAACUUGGGAGUUCUGGUGCGUCAAAACGAAUGUCUCUCACGCUUUGGGGUUGUUGCUCACAUCCUUAUCACAGACUAG